AUGACUGCCCCCUCUGCAUCCGCUCGCAAGGCGUUGAGCAAGAUCGCGUGCAAUCGGCUGAAGAAAGAGUUGGUCGAGUGGCAGGUGAACCCGCCGGCGGGUUUCAAGCACAAAGUCACUGAUAAUCUUCAAAGAUGGGUGAUUGAGGUCAACGGUGCCCCAGGUACCCUUUACGCAGGGGAGACUUACCAGCUUCAGGUCGAUUUUCCGAAGCAUUACCCGAUGGAGGCACCGCAGAGGUUGUUAUCCGAAUGA